GCUGGCGGCUUUGUCAGUCGCCGCAUCCGCCGCCGGCCGCCCUCAGCCAGCAGCUGGGCGCCACCUCGGGCCGGCGUCUCCGGCGGGCGCAGCGAGGCGGCGAGGGCGGCAGGCGGCCCAGCACCGCGGCCCAGCUUCGGCUCCGACCCGGGCUAGUGCUCGGCGCAGUCUCAGCCCGGUCCUGGCUCCGGCCCCGGCUCCGGCUACAGCGCUUCCAUGGGGCCGGCCCGCGGCGCCCGGGCACUCUGAGCGAGCUUGGACGCCUGGUCCCUAGUUGCCCUGGUCGCCCUGCUUCCUGCCUGCUGGUGCCCUGCAACAGAAGGCAGACUCUCAGCUUCUCUUCUCAGAACAUUUCCACUGCUGCUCCGAGGAGAUUGGCCUUGUGAGGAGCUGGCAGGGUCUCUCUACUUCCACGUUCCUCUAAUACCACGCUUCAGUUUCCCAUCCCACUGCCUUCCUAGGCUUGGAGAAACCAUGAACAGCGCCCGCAGCGAGGAGUUCGACUGCUGCUUCCUGGACGAAGGCUUCACGGCCAAGGACAUCCUGGACCAGAAGAUCAACGAGGUCUCCUCCUCAGAUGACAAGGACGCCUUCUAUGUCGCAGACCUUGGGGAUGUUCUCAAGAAGCAUCUACGCUGGCGGAAAGCACUCCCUCGAGUCACCCCCUUCUAUGCAGUCAAGUGCAAUGAUAGCAGAGCCAUAGUGAAGACCCUCGCUGCCAUCGGGACAGGAUUUGACUGUGCAAGCAAGACGGAGAUCCAGCUGGUGCAGAGUCUCGGGGUGCCCCCAGAGAGAAUCAUCUACGCCAACCCCUGCAAGCAGGUAUCGCAGAUCAAGUAUGCAGCCAGCAGCGGUGUCCAGAUGAUGACCUUCGACAGUGAAGUCGAGCUGCUGAAAGUGGCCCGGGCACAUCCAAAGGCCAAGUUGGUCUUACGGAUCGCCACUGAUGACUCCAAAGCUGUCUGCCGCCUCAGUGUGAAAUUCGGUGCCACCCUUAAAACCAGCAGACUCCUUUUGGAACGGGCAAAAGAGCUCAACAUUGAUGUUAUCGGCGUCAGUUUCCACGUGGGGAGUGGCUGCACUGACCCUGAGACCUUCGUGCAGGCUGUGUCAGACGCACGAUGCGUCUUUGACAUGGGGGCCGAGGUCGGCUUCCACAUGCAUCUGCUUGACAUUGGUGGGGGCUUCCCGGGAUCUGAGGACACAAAGCUCAAGUUCGAAGAGAUCACCAGUGUGAUCAACCCUGCCCUGGACAAGUACUUCCCGGUGGACUCGGGUGUGCGCAUCAUAGCCGAGCCCGGCAGGUACUACGUGGCAUCGGCCUUCACCCUGGCAGUGAACAUCAUUGCCAAGAAGCUGGUGCUGAGGGAGCAGGCCGGCUCCGACGAUGAGGAGGAUGCGAGCGAGCAGACCUUCAUGUAUUACGUGAACGACGGGGUCUAUGGCUCCUUCAACUGCAUCCUCUACGACCAUGCGCACGUGAAGCCGCUGCUGCAGAAGAGGCCCAAGCCCGAUGAGAGGCACUACCCGUCCAGCAUCUGGGGGCCCACAUGUGACGGCCUGGACCGCAUCGUGGAGCGCUGCGCCCUGCCCGAGCUGCACGUGGGUGACUGGCUGCUCUUUGAGAACAUGGGCGCCUACACUGUUGCUGCAGCCUCAACUUUCAAUGGCUUCCAGAGGCCCACCAUCCACUACGUGAUGUCGCAGCCCAUGUGGCAGCUCGUGCAGCGGCUCCGGAACACCAGCUUCCCGCCCGGGGUGGAGGAGCAGGAUGUCGGGGCGCUGCCUGUGCCCUGUGCCUGGGAGAGCGAGAUGAAGGGGCACACGGCCGCACGCACCUCUGCCAGCAUCAACGCGUAGCUGCCGUGGGCUGCGGGCAGCUUCCAUCUCAGUGGCUAUGGGAGAGGCCUGCGCGGGCAGCCGCAUGCAGACAGCAGACGGGUCACGAGCAUCUGGGUUCCUAUGGAAACCAUUUGAAUAUUUGUUUUAUAUGGAUUUUUAUUCGCUUUCACACAUUGCAGAAGAGGGCCCAAAGCUGCUGCACAAGCAUUUGUAGCUUGUGCCUCAGCAUCGGGGCCGAGAGCUCAGUGUGGCCUGUUUUAAAAAUAAAGUGUCUGGAAAGCC